AGUCCCUACUCAAACAGCUUCUUUGUUUUGCAGCACAUGGUGAUGAGCUUUAGAGUGUCGGAACUCCAAGUGCUGCUGGGAUUCUCUGGCCGGAAUAAGACAGGCCGUAAACACGAGCUGCUGACCAAAGUGCUGUACAUGCUGAAGUCUGGCUGCAGUCCAGCUGUGCACAUGAAAAUCAAAGAGCUCUACAGGCGCCGCUUCCCACGCAAGAGCCACGCCACCAUGGAGUUGCCUUUACUGUCUGUCCAGAAUGCCGCAGCUCACCCCUCAGCCAGUGCGUCGCUGGCCCUCAGCAGCAACCCACAGCUUCACUACAGUACCUCUGCUGCCUCGGCCUUGGUGUCCCCACUGCUGUCUCCUCUCAGCAUGCUCACUCCCAAGCGAGAAUUAGAUUUACAACAUCUGUCGCCUCCAGUGCAUCCAGACGUCAAAAUGAGGAGACUGCCAUUUUAUGACAUCUAUGAUGAGCUGACCAAACCGACCACAUUAGUAUCAAGUAAUGGGCAGCGGUUUGAGGAAGCUGUUGUUACGUUUGCAUUGACCCCACAGCAAGUUCAACAGAUCUGCUCAUCCAGGUGAGAGUGUGAAAACCUUUCACCCAAA